AACGACGACGAUAUACGCUAGAAUUGCUUAGAUUUGUACAGUUUUUACCAUUUUUCAAAUACAAUUCAACGUUAUUGUUGUUGUGCCAGUUAAUUCUUUUCACUUUCCUGUGCAACAUGCCAACACAGGCCACAGCAGAUUGGCUAAUGGAUUGCGGUGACUGCCACUGUAAAUGGAAUUCGGGCAAAAAGACAGCAGAUUGUAAAAACCUAACACUAACCGGCGUACCCGAAAACCUCAGCAAUGAAGUACAAGUGCUGGACUUAUCUCUCAAUCGUAUAGUCUACCUGGAGCAGAAUUCAUUUCUCAAUGCCGAUCUCACCAAUCUACACAAAUUGUAUAUACGAAACAGUACUUUGCAGCACAUAGAUCCGCGCAGUUUUACCCAACUAGAGAUAUUGAUUGAAUUGGAUUUGUCGAAUAAUCUGCUGCAUUUGCUGCAGGCCAAUUUGUUUGCUCGUCUGGUCAAGGUGAGAGCCAUAAUCUUGAACGGCAAUCAGCUGGAGUCUUUGGGGGAUGGCAUAUUUCAAAAUCUAAAAUAUCUGCACAAGGUGGAGCUGAAGGACAAUCGUUUGGUCAAGAUAGCCACGCAGGUGUUUGUGAAUGUGCCGCUGCUGUCGCAAAUCUAUUUGAACAAUAAUCGUUUGAGUUUUUUACGCAAGGAGAGCUUUGAGUCUGUUAAACGUUUGACGGCAUUAUCAUUGGAUGGUAAUCCCUGGAAUUGCACCUGCGAGCUGCAAAUCUUUCGCGACUUUGUGCUGCGACGUAAUCUCUAUACCCCGCCCACCGCCUGUUACUAUCCCAGUUCAUUGAGAGGCAUGCUUUGGAUAGAAGAUCAACCCGAAGCUUUCGCCUGCAAGCCACGCAUCAUUUUCCCCGCCAAAGGAGCUUCCAUUAAUACCUCCAAAGAAAAUGUCACCCUAGUGUGUAGGGUGCAUGCUUCGGCCAAUACACACAUCUCCUGGGAUUAUGGCAGCAAAUCCAUGUACAAAACUGGCACCAGCCAAUUGGCGCCACCACCCCAGCAACAACUGCAGCAGCGCAUACACAUACAAAUCAUACAGGAUGAUAUGUCCAAGGAAAAAGAGUUUGGCCGCAAUGUCUACAUCUCACGUCUGACGAUAAUGGGAGCUGAAAAGUCUGAUGAGGGCACUUACACUUGCAUUGCCGAAAAUGCCGGUGGUAAAGAUAGCGUACAAAUGACUUUGCUCAUACAAAAGGCCGGAGCACGUGACAUGUUGCAGGGUAACCUGGCAGCCGUUAUAUCCCUAAUGGCUUUGGGUCUGCUGAGUGUAUCCGUAUUUCUGGCCAUGGUUACCUGUUGCAUAUACAAACGUUUCAUAGCCUCCGCCUCAGCUCAUCAGCAUCGUCAUCAUCAUCUCGACUUAAGUGGCAACGAUCCCCUGACCACCCAUGGCACAGUAGUGGCUAAUCAUGGCACCACCACUGUGGCCGGCAACACUGAUGUAAUGCUGGGUGUUGUCGAUGAUACGUUGAAAUAUAAAAAACACCAUCAUCAUCUGCAACAGACUACAAUAAAUGGGGGAACAACAUUGAUUAAGGAUAAAUAUAGUGAACUUAUAAAACACAACGGAGGUGGAGGUGUGGGAAUAGGCGGCAUUGGUGGUGGUAGUGGUGGUGAUAGCAUGGGUUCAGGCAAUUCACCUUUAAUGGAGCAAGAUGGCAGUAGUGGCGGUGGUGGUGGUGGCAAUGUUGGUAGUGGGAUGGUGGGUGGCAAAAUAAACUGUGAUGUACAAUUGGGUCAUAUGGAGAAGAAAUAUUACGAGCAGAGCAAUGAUGACAUGCUCCAUAUAAAAUAUCCACAUGGUCGAGCACAAGCGGAAGUCAACACUAUGGCAGUAACGACAACAGGUCAACACACCAAAGGUCGUAACAGCAACAAUGUAACAGUUGAGUUUCAGCCAGAUUUGUUGCCAGCUUAUGCAGGAAAUAAAAUCAACAGUAAACAACAUCAGCAUCAGCAGCAUCAACAUCAGGGAGAUCAACUGUAUAGUCCUGUUAUAACACCGGGUUCCAUUACUACUAACAAGACAAUAAAUAUGAUGGAAGACCAACAACAGCAGCAUCACCAACAUCUUGUUACGGCCCAUGCAACACUGCCAGUAAAUGCAACUAGUCGCAGCAAAUACAAUACCAGUGCUCAAGAGUAUUUACAGGCCAGAUUUGGAACGAUUACUAAAAAACAAACAAAAAGUCAAGAAAAACUUAAUACCAUAAAACGAGAAGCUCCAACUGUAACAGCACUGGCCACGGGCACAAGUUCUUUGACUAUAACACGAUCUUCCCCCAAUCCAACAGAUGCGGCGCUACAACAGACGGCCAGUCGUCAAACAAAAUCGUUAUUUUUGCCACAACGCACCGUUUGUAGUGCCACCACCACAGUCACACCCACCGAUACCAACAACUCCUACGAAUAUCGUCAACCUCCACCACCACCCUACAAUGCCACACAUCGUACGGCUGGCAAUUUGUUGUUGACACGACGCACCAGCAUAAAUCAACAUGACAACAACGAGGACAACAACAAGAAUAGCAAUACCAAGGAUCAAGGCUAUCGGGAGUUGGGUGGCUGCAGUGCCGUCGGCAUACCGCUCUAUGAAACUGCUAGACAAACAAUUGUUACUGCCUCACCUUCAAUGAAUUUUCCUACCACUAUAACGGGCUACAAUACAAAUACUGCUUCGCCAAGACGACAACUGCUGUGAUAAAUUUAAACAAAGUUGGAA